GGAGGAGGAGGAGGAGGAGGACGAGGUUGGAGGGGGGAAGAGUGUGCGUAACUGCGGUUAACUGGAGCGGACUUCAGCUUCCCCGCAUCUUGGAGAAAAGAUCCUACUCCCCCCUCUGCUGCCUCUGAGGCUGUGCUCAUCCGCUACAGAUACUAACUCCGGACCUUCUGGAAAGAGGAAGAGAGAGAGAGGCUUUACUACUGUUGUUAUCAUUUCUUCUCCUCCUCCUCCUUUUUAAGGCAGUUUUGUGCCUGGAAUCAGAGGACUGAGUCAGAGGUGGGAUUAUUUCUGCACGUUUUCCUCCAGUUCCGCACCGGGUCACCUGGCUCCUCCUGGGAUUCAGGACUACUUCCACCGAGUCGUCAGGAGCCAGUGGCGAAUAGGGAGAUGAAGACGUUAUCUCUCCUCUCCCUUCUCCUCCUCUUUGCCUCGGGAGCCUGUGACGAUGUCAAGUACAUCACCAAGAGAAAUUCAGUGGACGGAUGCAUAGACUGGUCGGUGGACCUGAGGGAGUACCACGUCCUGGCCGGCGAGCCCGUUCGGGUCAAAUGUGCCUUGUUCUACAGCUACAUACGAACCAACUACACCAUGGCCACCAACGCCAAGCUGCGUCUCAUCUGGUACAAGAACAAAGGAGAUGCGGAGGAGCCUAUCAUCUUCUCCGGUCACAGGCUGAGCAAAGAAGACGAUUCCAUCUGGUUUAGAUCUGCUGAAGUGGAAGAUAACGGCUUCUACACGUGCGUUCUAAGGAACUCGACGUACUGCAUGAAAGUGUCCAUGUCGAUGACCGUGGAGGAGAGCGACGAGGGGAAGUGCUACAGCAGCAAAAUCCGGCACCUGGAGAAGGCCGAGGUGACCCACAGCAAAAUGAUCACCUGUCCCGACAUUGAAGACUAUCUGGCUCCGUACAAACAACCGCAGAUGACCUGGUAUAAGGAGUGCGAGCGGGUGGAAUGGAGGAGCUCCGUUACCGUCAACACUACGCACGUCUGGAUUCCUGAGGUGGAGGAGGGCGACGCCGGGAACUACACGUGCGAACUGCAGUACGGAUCCAAGCAGGUGCGACGGACAACGCAACUCAAAGUGACAGCGCUCCAGACGACUCAGCCUCCCAAAGUCCUUUUCCCUCCAGAGAGACAAGACACGGUGAUAGAAAUCACGCCUGGUAUGUCCCUGAGUCUGGACUGCAAGGCCUUUUUCGGCUACAGCGGAGAAAACAGGAGACCCAUCAUCUACUGGAAGAAAGGAGAGAAGUACGUGGAAGAGCUGGCAGGACACAUCAAAGAAAGUGAAAUCAUGAUCUUGAGGGAACAUUUAGGCGAGAAGGAAGUGCAGGUGUCGCUGACGUUUGACGCCGUGGAGGAGGCAGAUCUGGCCAAUUACACCUGCUACGUAGAGAACCGCAUCGGGAAGCGCAGCGGGAGCGCAAUACUGCAGAAGAAAGAUAUGUAUCGCCUGGAGCUGGCGGGCGGCCUUGGGGUCAUCCUGCUGCUGCUGGGGAUCCUAACUGCGCUUUAUAAGUGCUACAACCUGGAAAUCAUGCUCUGCUACCGCAGACACUUCGGGAGCGACGAGGCUGAAGAUGACAACAAGGAGUACGAUGCCUACCUGUCCUACACUAAGGUGGACCUGGACUCUUUGGGCAGGACGAGCAGCGACGAGGAGACCUUUGCUCUGGAGAUUCUGCCGGAUGUUCUUGAAAAGCAUUACGGAUACAAACUAUUUAUACCAGACAGAGAUUUAAUACCCAGCAGUAGAAGAGUAGCUGUGAUCCUGAGUGACCUAAAACAGGAAAGACAAGCCUACAUUGAGGACUUGGCGCGCAGCGUGGAGCAAAGCAGACGCUUGAUCAUUGUUUUGACUCCAGAAUUUGUUGCCAAAAGAGGCUGGAGCAUCUUCCAGAUAGAGACGCGUCUCCACUCCAUGCUGGUUACAGGAGAGAUCAAGGUGAUCAUGAUAGAGUGCGCAAACUUGAAGAAUGUCAUGAACUACCAAGAGGUGGACGCACUGAAGCAUACGAUCAAGGUCUUAUCUGUUAUCAAGUGGAGGGGUCCAAAGAGCAACGAGCUGUCCUCCAAGUUUUGGAAGCAGGUGGUCUAUGAGAUGCCGGCUAAACGCAGAGAGACUCUGUCCAGACGUCAGGUAAUGGACUCCGGUGAACAGGGCCUCUUUGGUGACCUACAGACCACUGUCUCCACCAUCGCCAUGACGACCACCUCUGCCUCACUAGCGCCCCCUAACGAGAAUCGCCAUGGCCAUCAUCAGGUUGCCUUGGCAACGGAGAUCCCUGACUACAACCAGAUGACCUUGCCACUGGGAGGGGGUCACACUGCUACGGCUGCCCAAAUGCGGCACUUCUGCCGCAGCUACGAGUUCCAGCUUCCCCCACAGCCUUCCAUGUCGCCCCCGCUCCCGCUUCCCUCCACGGUGCAGUUCUCCACCCUGGGCCCCGGGGGGCGCCAUGUCUAUUGCAACAUCCCCAUGACACUGCUGAAUGGACAGGUGUCUCAGAGCAGUACGCUUGGGAAGAAGCCAGACCUCCACCUGAACAGCACCUUCGUACCGCUCACCAGCAGAGAACUAAGCUCUGACAUCUGGUAGACUGACGGCUCAGUCGGUACCCAUUUACGGACCGCUGGGCAGACGCCUUCUGGUGGAUUGCUUGUACAACUGGACUUUGUUUGGGGGGGGGUUGACUUUGUACAGACUUGGGAGUUAGACGGCUCCUCGAAGACUGCCUGAGGACUGCUACUGGGUCACUUCAUACCACAUCAUGAACAAAGAACCUUAGUGGAAUCUUAAGAGUACUGGAUAAAAACAAAUUCUAAGAACAAUUGCUCUCUGUGAUGAGGGGAGUGAACUGGCUGCAGAUUGACACCAGCUUGGAUUGACUGACCAACAACAUGGCCCACUGGGCAGAGGAAAAUUGAGUUUUUAGACAGAUGCAUGGAUAAAAGUACUAGAAAAGACUGAACAGGGUCCAGGAACCCUAAAUGAUUAGUAUGUGCAGACUCUAGGGACUCUGUUUGUCCAGACAGCUGCCAAGUUGCAUCUUAGAGCACAAAAAGGUUUCUUGAUCGCAGAUUGUUCUCACACCAGCUGCUAUGGAAACUGGUUGACUUGGAGGCUACUCUCCACAGAAGGGUCAGUCGGCUGAAUUCUGUCAUUCUUUUCCUGAAUGUAGGUCAGUCCUUGGGAAAUCAGUCUACCUGUUGACUACUGUAGGUGUUUUGGGAAAAUACUCCACCUUAAAACAACAGUCAACCUCUUGAAGCACUAUAACUAGCUAGCUGGUUUGGCUCAUAGAAACCGAGCUGGUUGACUUUGAAAUGUUUUUUUUUAUAUACAAUGUAAACCAUUAACUAAAAUAGCAGAGAUUUUUCUAGGAAACAUUCAAAUAAAUAGCUAUCAUCUAACUGAAGGCUAGCUAACUGAAAGCUAGCUUUCAGGUAGCUAAUAGGUUUCAGUUAGCCAAUUGAAACCUGUUAUGAUUGUACAACUGAAAGCUAGCUAACUGAAAGCUAGCUACCUUCCAGUUAGCUAGCUUUCAGUUAGAAAGCUAGCUAACUGACAGCUAGUUUUCAAAUAACUGAAAACUAGCUUUCAGUUAGCUUUUUCUUAGAAAAUUUUAGAAAAGGUUUUUAGUUUUUUUUAAAGUUUUCAUUUAGCUAGCUUUCAGUUGUACAAUCAUAACAGGUUUCAUUUGGCUAACUGAAACCUGUUAGCCUAACUGAAAACUAGCCUUCAGUUACCUAACAGCUUUCAGUUGGUGGUAGAUGGUAACCGGCUACCAUAACCUCCAAAUGUAGUCGACUGGAAGCAAACGGAAUCGGAGAUUAUCCGCAACCACCGAACUAAAUCGUACUUCGACUUGGCUUCCUUUCUAUUUGCAUGACCCACCCAUUUAAAUACCAAAAGAGGAUCCAACAAACACAGGUAAAAGAGAAAAAUGACACAAUCAUUUGUUGCAGCCUUUUUUUGUUUUUAUAAUGAACCUGUUGUGUUGAUGCGGUAUGUUUUGUUUUCUGUCCGGCCAUGGCGUGAUGGUUAAAAACUGACAAAAAGGGAAAAAAAGGAGGCUUCCCUCCGAUAAAAAUUUUGAUAUUUAUUUGAUCAUGUUUAAUUUAAGAGUUUAAUCCUCUUCGACUGUUUUUUUUUUUCCACAAAGAUUUGUUUUUACUGCCUGUUUGUUACAAGAAUCUCUGUACAGCUUUCCAUUACUUCUGUAUAGAUCCGAACAUGACAGUGAUUUCUUCUCUAGGUUUUCCACUAGCGUCAACGUGCUCCAGAGGCGUUCCGUUUUUGUUCUCUUCCUCGUUUUUACAGACAGGUCGAUGGAUCGCCCCUACCGACGGACUGAUGUUUUAAACUCUAGCGCCGCCUGUCAGCCGAAGGGGGGUAGGGCGGUCCCACCGCAGAAGCCGCUCUAAAACUACAAGCUGAAUCAAACAUUCUUCUUUUUGAGCUUUAAAAGAAAUAGUUUAGACCGCAAUAUUUAAGCAAUGUGGAUAAUGUUUUGAAUUCACACAAAGGUACUGUCAUUGUCCUAUUAGAGCCAAUGAAAUUCUGGACAUUUUGAGGUUGUUUGAUACAAUAAUUACUUAUGAGUUGUUAUAUUCGAUGGCAAUAUACGGUAUAAUAGUUGUUUUUCUUUUCCCUUUUCUGCUCAUUUCUUGGACUAUACUUUGAAUAUAUUUGUUGACAUUAUUUAACUGAAAGCAAAUAAAAAUGCAUUAGUUGUUUUAUUAACUUUUGAUGUCUGUCACUUGUUUCUCUGCUUCAAACCCAACUCCUUUACUUUCAGAUCCUCUCCUUUUUCUGCCCUUUCACUUCCUCUGCAGCAACGGCUCAUAUUUCUCAAUAUUUCUGAGGCGUGUUGUACCACUGAUCUCUAGAUUUUGUUUCGUUUGGUGUUUAUCUUAUCUCACCUCUGAAUAACUGUGUGUGACGUGUUGCUGCAGCUGCCAAAAGUCCAACAGCCCAAAAAAAAAAGGUAUGGUGAAAUUAAACCACACAAGUAUGACUAACUGCCAGUAUAUAGAGAAAAAUACAUUUUUAAAGGGUUUAAAACAGCUAAAUAUUAUGAUGGUGGACUUUUUAGAACAAAAAUUCAGUGCUUUUGUACAUACAUCCCUUUUCUGUGCAGCUUUUUAGGCAUGACUUUGAUGAGACAUCAUUAGGUAACGCCUUUAUUUCUAUUGCUAAGAAGUGACAAGGGUUUUGCAUCUGGCUUCAGUAUUGUUGGUGAAGUAGUGAAGAGUGAUUUUUGGUGUGAGGAGCGUGUAAGGGUGUUUCCCAGGGCAGCAUUAGGAAGGGGGCAAACAAAUAUCAGGUUUUUAAAAAGUUUUAAUAUCGCCCAUUUAUUGGUCGGUUAUGCCCUGAGAAAGUUUAGAUUUUUGCGUUUUUGUCUGGCGCGUGUGGUCAGUGGGAACUGGACACUUCCCUGUUGUAAACAGGAAGUCUCAGCUUUCUGAUUAAAUAAGCAAAAUUAAAAACUCUGGGGGGGAGGGUCUUAUCGCUGUCAAUCAGACUGUUCGGACUGCAGAGUCUGAUGUGAAGGCUUGUUAGCAUGGUCACCGAUAACAGUGAUUAAACGGUCUUCCUGUAAUUAACUGUCAUUAACACAUUUAGUUUAGCAGCACAUUCAUAAGGUUGAUUGACAGCGAUGGGACCCUCCUCCUGGCUCUGAUUGGUUGU